AUGCAUUUAUCAGGAGUGAAAAAGCAGAGCUUGCUAGGAGUCAAAGAAAAUAAUAAAAAGUCCAGCACUAGGGCUCCUUCUCCUACCAACCGCAAAGACCGCUCUGAUGAGAAGUCCAAGGAUCGCUCUAAAGAUAAGGAGGCCACUAAGAAGUCAAGUGAGAAGGAUCUUGGCAGGGAUAAAACGCGAAAGAGGCGCAGCGCUUCCAGUGGUAGCAGCAGCACCAGGUCUCGGUCCAGCUCAACCUCCAGCUCGGGCUCCAGCACCAGCACGGGCUCCAGCAGCGGCUCCAGCUCAUCUUCAGCAUCGAGCCGCUCAGGAAGUUCCGGCACAUCCCGCAGCUCCAGCUCCGGCAGCUCCCCUGGCUCUCCGAGUCCUUCUCGGUGCAGGCAGGACAGCAGGCGGCGUUCCCGCUCCAAAUCCAAACCACCCAAAAGAGAUGAAAAGGAAAGGAAAAGGCGGAGCCCUUCCCCUAAACACAGCAAAGUGCACAUUGGAAGGCUCACCAGGAAUGUGACCAAGGAUCAUAUCAUGGAGAUAUUCUCCACCUAUGGGAAAAUUAAAAUGAUUGACGUGCCUGUAGAAAGGAUGCACCCGCAUCUGUCUAAAGGCUACGCAUAUGUGGAGUUUGAGAAUCCAGAUGAGGCCGAGAAGGCGCCGAAGCACAUGGACGGAGGACACAUGGAUGGCCAGGAGAUCACUGCCACUGCUGUGCUGGCCCCCUGGCCUCGGCCACCACCACCCCGCCCCCGGCGAUUCAGCCCUCCCAGGAGAAUGCUGCCACCGCCUCCCAUGUGGCGCAGGUCACCCCCACGGAUGAGGAGAAGGUCGCGUUCCCCUCGGCGCAGGUCCCCCGGCCGCCGCAGCCAUAGGAGCCGCUCCAGUUCCAACUCCUCCCGAUAA